UAUGCCUUUUUCCACGAAACAAGAAAUAACUGCAGAGAGUGAAAUUGCAAGAGAAUUGACAAUUGAGAGAACUCCAUUACUGUUGAAUCGUAAUUUUUAAACUAGGUGAUCUAUUUUUUGACAAAUGGAUAUCGGAGAACUGUUGUCUUAUAAGCCUCCAAACACACCAAAACGACCGACAGCAGGGGAGGAGGACGACGAGGAUGAAUGGGAGAAUGCAAAAAGGCCAAAGAGAGUGAUAAAAACACCGUAUCAUGCACGUCAACGACAACCCAAGGAACUCGAUGUAGUACCGUCUAGGAACGAUGAACCUGCUACGCCUAUCAGAGCUGCUUUACCUUCGUCGACUAACGAUGUAGUUGAACCACAAUUAACGGAGAAAGAGAAGCAAGAUAUAUUAAAAUAUGUAGAAACUGAAGCUCCCGAAGUCGAAGCUUUGGACGAAGCAACGCUUAAACGUAUGAUUCUUUUGUUUGAGAAGAGAGCUCUAAGAAAUCAGGAAAUGAGAGUUAAAUUUCCUGAUCAACCAGAAAAAUUUAUGGAAUCUGAGGUAGAACUGCAUGAAACUCUACAAGAGCUUCAUAUCAUAGCGACAAAUCCAGAUCUAUAUCAGUUAAUGGUAGAACUAGGCGCUGUGCCUUCUUUAUUAGAAUUGUUGUCUCAUGAAAAUACUGACAUAGCAGUUGGCGUAGUAGAUCUUCUACAGGAAUUGACCGAUGUAGACAUAUUACACGAAAGUCAAGAAGGUGCAGAUACACUAAUAGAUGCUUUGUUGGAGCAACAAGUUUGUGCUCUUCUAGUACAAAAUCUGGAGAGACUCGAUGAAACAGUAAAAGAAGAGAGCGACGGUGUCUAUAACACACUUGCCAUUUUUGAAAAUCUGCUGGAGUUUAGACCAGACCUGUGUGCAGAUGCAGGAAAACAAGGUCUAAUGCAAUGGUUAUUGCGCCGAAUUAAAACGAAAACACCUUUCGACGCAAACAAACUUUAUGCCAGUGAACUUCUAUCUAUACUUUUGCAAUACACGCCUGAGAAUAGCCUUCUUUUAGGUGAUUUGGAUGGAAUUGACGUUUUGUUACAACAAUUAGCUUAUUAUAAGAGGCAUGAUCCACAGACUGCAGAGGAACAAGAGAUGAUGGAAAAUUUAUUUAAUGUUUUGUGUUCAAGCCUAAUGGCUACUGUAAAUCGUGAUAGAUUUCUGCGUGGUGAAGGUCUUCAACUUAUGAACUUAAUGUUGCGAGAAAAGAAGAUGUCACGAAAUGGAUCCCUCAAAGUUUUAGAUCACGCUAUGAACGGCCCGGAUGGAAAAGAAAACUGUAGCAAAUUUGUAGACAUUCUUGGAUUGCGAACUAUAUUUCCUCUAUUUAUGAAAACUCCAACAAAAAAUAGAAAAAAAAUGCUUACUGCAGAAGAACACGAAGAACAUGUUAUUUCAAUCAUAGCAAGCAUGUUAAAGAAUUGUAAAGGGCAACAGCGUCAAAGAUUACUUAGUAAGUUUACGGAGAAUGAUUAUGAGAAAGUUGAUAGAUUAAUGGAAUUACAUUUUAAAUAUCUUGAAAAAGUAGAAGAAGUGGAAAAGAAUGGAAAGGAGGAUGAAGACGAAGAAGAGUCUUACUUGAGGAGAUUAGAUGGCGGGUUAUUUAUAUUACAAUUAGUAGAUUAUGUACUUUUGGAAGCUUGCACUGGUUGUCCGCCUGCAGUCAAACAACGAGUGACAAGAAUCUUGGCGCAGAGAAGAGCAUCCCUUAAAACAAUUCGACACAUCAUGAGAGAGUAUGCCGGUAAUUUAGGAGAUGAUGACACAGAAUGGAAAGAAGCAGAGCAACAACAUAUCUUGCAAUUAAUUGAUAAAUUUUGA